AUGGAGCGCUACCCCCAGGCCCUCCCACCCUCUCUGCUGUCUUGCUUCGCUUCCUCGAAAGAAGCAGUAGAACUUCUCCUGGCUGCCCUCAAAUUUCCACCAUGUGCGCUCACAAAAGGUGAGUACAAAGUAGGCCUGUCUCAGGUGUUUCUCAGGCAGAACGGCCUUGACAGACUCGACGCCUUCCUCUGUCCUUCAGCCGGAGAACAACAACAGCAGCAACAACAGCAGCAACAACAGCAGCAACAACAGCAGCAGCAGUUUGAGGAUCUGGCUGCUGAGAUGCUGCGGCUACGGGGGGCCUUUAGGCGGCGUCGCCUCCUGCAGCGACUUCGAGGAGUUGCGCCGAGUUGCCUUUCCCGGCUGUGCGCUGCCCGCGUAUUGCUGUCUCGGCUCAUUGAGAAGCGCAGAACGGCCUUACAGAGGCUUUUAGCUUCUGUAGUCGCCGAGCUGCGUGCUGCAGCAGCAUUCGUGGAGGCGGCAGCAGUAUGCAUUCAGAGACACUGGAGGGGCCUUAACAGCAGGAGGGGAAAGGAGGAACUUACACGCCAAGUCAUUCUCUUGCAGAGAGUCGCCAGAAGGUGGCUAGCCAGGAGGCAGGACCAGCAGCAACAACAAGAAAAGCAGCUGCAACAACAACAAGAAAAGCAGCUGCAACAACAACAAGAAAAGCAGCUGCAACAACAAGAAAAGCAGCUGCAACAACAA